AUUCUUCGGCGUCGUUGACCUCAUCUGUGGGUCAAACCAAACGCAAAGAGAUCUACAAAUAUGAGGCCCAAUGGACUGUCUAUUCAAUGAAUUGGUCCGUCAGACCCGACAAACGCUUCCGAUUAGCUCUCGGAUCCUUCAUCGAGGAGUACAAUAAUAAAGUGCAGAUCGUGGCUCUGGAUGAAGAGUCUUCAGAGUUCGUGGCGAAGUCCACGUUCGAUCACCCGUACCCGACAACUAAGAUCAUGUGGAUUCCCGACGCCAAAGGACUCUUUCCCGACCUAUUGGCCACUUCUGGCGACUAUCUGAGGGUCUGGAGGGCCGGCGAAAACGACACUCGACUCGAAUGCCUACUUAAUAACAACAAGAACUCUGACUUUUGCGCUCCAUUGACAUCGUUUGACUGGAAUGAAGUCGAUCCCAAUCUGUUGGGCACUUCCAGUAUAGACACGACGUGUACGAUAUGGGGUCUCGAGACGGGCCAAGUGUUAGGUCGCGUGAAUCUGGUCUCCGGACACGUGAAGACACAACUCAUUGCUCACGACAAAGAGGUUUACGACAUAGCGUUCAGUCGCGCCGGCGGUGGACGCGAUAUGUUUGCCUCUGUAGGCGCCGACGGGUCGGUCCGGAUGUUUGAUUUGAGACAUUUAGAGCACUCGACCAUUAUAUACGAAGACCCACAACACCACCCAUUAUUACGGCUCGCGUGGAACAAACAGGACCCCAACUAUUUGGCCACCUUUGCGAUGGACGCGUGCGAAGUGAUCAUUUUGGACGUACGGGUGCCCUGCACUCCAGUCGCCCGACUCAACAACCAUAGAGCCUGUGUUAAUGGCAUCGCAUGGGCUCCACAUUCUUCAUGUCAUAUCUGUACAGCAGCUGAUGACCAUCAGGCGCUCAUUUGGGACAUCCAGCAGAUGCCGCGCGCCAUUGAAGACCCGAUUCUCGCCUAUACGGCUGAUUGUGAAAUAAAUCAGAUCCAAUGGGCGAGUACUCAACCCGAUUGGAUCGCCAUUUGUUAUAAUAAUUCACUCGAAAUCUUAAGGGUUUGAACUCAAUAUCAAACACUUUUCAGCACUUUUUUCAUAAG